AUGCCACCGCACGAGCGCGGUAACGGCAGGCCAGCGCGGCCCGCGGCCCAAGCGCACAACACCCACAUUCUUCUUGCCACCGUCCUCGCCGUCGCGAUAGCACUCACGUGCCCAGCCCUUGCGGCACCGACGUGGCCCCAGUCGUCGUCAGCAGACACUGCACAAAGCCCAUCCAAGCAAGGUCCAUAUGCGCUCCCCGAUGAUCCGUCGCAAUGGACGGAGCGCGACACGCGCGUCGCAUUCGCCCGCGUCGUCGACCCGCUGGUACCGUGGGGCGCCGCCCUCGGCGUCGUCGAGGAGGACAACACCAGCUGGCUCAAUCACUGGCUCAGCAUGGGCGGUGAAGGUGUGCUCACUGUCAUGCUCGCCAAUGUCGACAAUGUGACACUCCCCCAUCGCCCCGCCGCGUUCCCAUCUUAUCUCGAGUCACACGCCGACCUGCCUAUCACUGGUACACUCGUGCCGUUUGUCGACAUGCCAAAGCCCAAGCCUGACGUGCACGAGAAUGGUGAUGGUGCCGGUGUAUCGCCGCUUCCCGCACACACCGUGGCGACCAGUCAACCUGAUCAGGAUACCAACAGACCCACCUCUGAUAGCGCCGCUAGCAGCGCUUCCUUGGACGAGACGUGGAGCUGGAAGUCGGAUUCUGCCCGUCCUACACUGUCGUCCGCCCCCAUACCUCCUGAGCGCGCAUGCGUUCCGCCGUCAUGGCCGCCGAUCCGGCCGCACACGCCCAAGGCGCCCUUUGUCAUCGCGCUGGUUGAGCGCGGCGGGUGCGACUUUGCCACCAAAGUGCGCGCCGCGCAGGAACGUGGUGCUGCGGCCGUGGUCGUUGGCGAUAGUGUCGCCCGUCCCGGCGAGACAGACGAGGAAGGAAGGAGACGCGAAAACCUAAUCACAAUGUUCAGUCCCGAGGACACGACCGGCAUCAUCAUUCCCUCGGUCUUUGUCUCACGCGCGAGCUAUCUUACGUUGCGCGACCUGCUGUCCAACCACAGCAGCGGGCUCUACGUCGAACUUGGAGAGCCGGCUGAUGACGGAAACGCCCUCGGCUCCCUCCUGACGUUUGCCCUCCUGAUGCCGUCUCUGUUCCUUCUCGUGACCAUUGCAGCACACCGUCUUCGUGUGGCCAGACAACGUGAGGCCAACCGUGCACCCCCGACUGUGGUUCUGUCCCUUCCGGAGCGCGUAUGGUCGCCAGACAUUGUGUGGGAAAAGGACGACUCCGACGAGUCUGACAAGGACAUUGAGACUACGCCCGUUGUUGCUCGAUCCCCAGCUGUUCCAGUUGUUGCAACCGAGGCAGCCGAUACUUUGUCCGAGCAGGACGUCACGUCAGCCAGUCCUCGUGUUGACUCGGCCAACGAGUCGCCGGCCGGUGUGGAUGCGGAUGACGAAGCCGAAGCUCCGACCACAUCGCCUCGCACAGCAGUCCCCAAGCCAACACCCGUCGUCCCGCACACUAGUCGCCGGCGCGGAAAGGAGCGUCGCAAGAGCCAGCGGUACUACUCCAAGGAUGAAUGUGCCAUCUGCAUGGAUAAUUUCCACCGCGGCGAGGUAGUCCGUAUUCUCCCUUGCGGUCAUGUCUUCCAUAAGGACGAGUGUGACGAGUGGCUCCUCAAGUGGCGUAAGCUGUGCCCCACAUGCCGUGCCGACGUCACUGUGUCGCCUGGCGAUCUCGCGUCCUCUGCGACGCUUACACCCGUGGUGGAUCGUACUGCUGCUCCAGUCCAACCAGGCUACGGAGCUGUCGAUGGUGGCAGUGACGCGGCCCCUCCAGCCGGCGAUGGGUGGCGCGAUCAACUGGGAGCCGGGUUUGGCGCGAUUACCACGCGUGUGGGUGCUGCCGCACGCUCGUUGAGAGACUCGGUUAGUGUGGCGCUUGGGCGUGCAGACACUGCUCGAGCGGACGAGACGACACCCUUGAUCGGUGCUCCCGGUGGUGGCGAUGGUGGGCAUGACGUAUCCUCCGAUUGA